AUGGCGCGGGUGGAGGACAACUCGAUUACCUUCUCUCAGGGAACUCGAAUGCUCUUCUACCUCAUGUCCCCCAACGAAACUUCAUAUGCAGAUAUAGAACAAGUACCAAACUUUGUGGAACAGGCAACACCUUUCUUUAUUGGAAUGGUCUUGUUGGAGAUGCUGGUGGGUUGGUUAAAGACUGGAAGCCUUGUCAUUAAAGUCAAUGAUGGGACCACGUCUCUGUCAGCAGGAAUGUUGUCCCGACUUCCUCAGCUCUUUGUGAGAGGUUUGGAGGUGUCCUGCUACAUCUACGUUUGGAACAAUUUCCGCAUAUUAGAGCUACCCUGGGACUCAGCUUGGACCUGGUGGGUAGCAUUUCUUGGCGUGGACUUUGGAUACUACUGGGUUCAUAGAUGCAGCCAUGAGUUAAAUAUCCUGUGGGCCGCUCAUCAGGUUCAUCACAGCUCUGAGUACUACAACCUGACCACAGCUCUACGACAGUCUGUAACACAACAGUUCUCCUCAUGGAUUUUUUACCUUCCCAUGGCGUUAAUAGUUCCACCUUCAGUCUUUGCAGUCCACAUUCAGUUUAAUCUGCUCUACCAGUUUUGGAUUCACACUGAGAUUGUCAGAGAUCUUGGACCUCUUGAGUGGAUUCUGAACACUCCCAGCCACCACAGAGUUCAUCAUGGCCGAAACCUCUACUGCAUUGAUAAGAAUUAUGGAGGAACCCUGAUUAUUUGGGACCGGAUGUUAGGAACCUUUGCUCCAGAAAGUGAUAAAGUUAUUUAUGGACUUACGCACCCCAUCAACACUUUUGAUAUUUUGUAUGUUCAGUUCUGCAACUACCUUUAUCUGGUAGGGCAAUUCUUCAAUGCUGAAUCUGUUGCACACAAGCUGGCUGUCAUUUUUAACGGACCAGGAUGGGCACCAGGCAAACCGAGACUAGGAGAUCCUGAAGACCUGCCCAAGAUCACUGGAGACGAGGUGCCACACAGCCCGAAAUGGCCUGCAGCACUGCAGGCUUAUGUGCAAGUGCAUUUCCUUCUCGUGCUGGGCGUUUACAACAACUUAUUUGCAACACAAUAUAUGCUCUCUCAAACACACGUGCUGCUUAAUACUGGAUACAUCUUAUUCACACUCACCUCUCUCGGUUACAUUAUGGACCAAAGGCCAAAUGCUGCUGUGUGGGAGAUGGUACGAUGCCUCCUUAUGUUAGCUCUUCACUGGUUUGGAUAUGUCAGUCCAGUGGUGUCUCAACUGGCUCUUGCAACAGAGGUACUUGCCUCUCUCUCUGCAAUCUACUGGGGUGCACAGUGUUUCAGCAAGCUGAUAGCCAAGAAGAAGCACCAGUGAAUGAAGUGGACCAACACAAACCUCAUGUUUAUGUGCAGUUAUGGUCUUUAAUUAGACCAUAAACUCAUAAAUACGAUGUGUAAUCACUGCUAACGGAAACUGUUCUUUGCUAAAUGUUGUGAACCAUUAAUUUAAUAAUGCACAAACAUUUAAAAGUAAAAAUCUAACUUGUUCCCUAAAUAAGUAUUAACCUUAACUGAGAACGACAUCUACUUCUGGAAAAUGUAUAGCAAUAGAAAUCCUCAAAUGCUUUUUAGGUAUGGUAUUUAUAAUAACUGUAUGAUGAUAUCAAAAGAAAAGAACUAAAAAGAUAAAACAUUAAAAGAUUACAAAAAAGGAAACAUUAAAACAGUAAAUUAAAAGAAAAAUAAUUAUGAUUGGAGGUGCUAUUACUUAAUGGGAACAAAACUGCAUUGAUCCAAAAUACAAUAAUAAUAUAAUCAUAAUAAAAUUAAUAUAAAAAUAAUAUAAUUUCUUAUUUCAUUUUCAUGUUUCACUACUGCUUUGUACUGGUCAGGGUCACAGUGGCAUUGGUUUGCCCACAAUCACUGGGCCACAAUCACUGGGCACAAUACCUUGGGCCAAUAAAAUGGGUUUUUUAGCAAGCACUUAGAUGGUCAGAUGUCUACAUACUUUUGGCACAUUGUAUAUUUAACUUAUAGUCUUACUCAUAUUUAACCAUUAUCAUUAGGUACUACAAACGUAUGUAGCAUGUUUUACUACCUUACAUUCUAAUUUCAACAGAAAAUAUUUUAGAUAUUAAGUUAGAUAUUUUGCAGCCAUUGUUUACUUAUAAAUAAAAUAAAAUGUUUCUUUAAAUAGGUGUAAACAAGAGAACAUAACAUUCCAUCAUAGAACAUUUACAAAUUGUAUUCUGUGAUUCUGCAAGUCCUGUAAUGUUUUCUUCUUUCUGUAAGUAGGAAUAUGUAACAUCUUGGUACAUUUCUGGUGUAUGCCUGCAAAAACUGAAAUUCUGCAUUAUACAGCUAAAUAAUAGCAUACAUAAUGGCUUACAUACUUUUUUCUAUCAUAAGUUUAAUAUUGAGUUUUAGCCCAAGUCUACUCUGUUUACUCUGUAAAGUUUACAAUGACACUUGUUAAAUACAAUUUUGAAAAUAAAUUGUUAAACUUGAA